AUGGGCAAUACUUUCACUGCCAUCAUUUCCUUUUUCCCUUCUGACAGCUGCCAGAAGUACAUCUUGGGGGACCUUGAAGAGAUGCCAAUUGAUAAGAUGGUGGAUCUGAGUGGCAGGCAAGUGAGACGGUUUCCUUUGUGUGUUUGCUCUUUCAGAGAGCUGGUCAAGCUGUACCUCAGUGACAACAAACUGAAUCACCUGCCUCCUGAGCUGGAGCAGCUGCAGAACCUCCAGAUCCUGGCGCUGGAUUUCAACAAUUUCCAUACACUCCCCUCAGUGGUGUGCACCCUGAAGCAGCUCUCUAUCCUUUAUCUGGGAAACAACAAACUGGGAGACUUGCCUGCCGAGCUAUGCCAACUGCAGAACCUCAAGACACUGUGGAUUGAGUCUAACCGCUUGUACCAUUUCCCCAGUGUGGUGUGUCAGCUGAAGCUCCUCAAGACCCUGCAUGUUGGAUCGAAUGCCCUGCGUUCCCUUCCUGGGCAGCUUCGGAACUUGAAAGAAUUGCGCACCAUUUGGCUUUCAGGGAACCAGUUGGCCAGUUUCCCAUCAGUGCUUCUGCACAUGCCCUUUCUGGAAGUGAUUGAUGUGGAUUGCAAUGCCAUCCGAGAGUUCCCUAAUCUCACGCACCUCAGCAGUUUGAAGCUGGUGAUCUAUGACCACAACCCCUGUAGAAAUGCCCCCAAGGUGGCAAAAGGAGUGCAUCGGGUUGGGAGGUGGUCUGAGGAGAGUCCUGAGCCUAGGAAGCGAUCCGGUCUGGAAAGAAACAAAGGAGCUGAAGAUAUCAAUUCUCUUCUCCCUCCUCCCCCUCGCUCUCUCAAACGAUCCAGCUAAAGCGUGGCAGAAGAUUCCUUGGGUACCGAAGAUCACAGAACUGGUAGUGUGUUACUGAGUCUCUCUCAGUCAGACUGUGCAGCUCCAAAGACUAUGCCUUUAGAA